AUGCAGGCGGGGGCUGUAGCUGCAGGCGGCGAGAGGGACCUGCUGGCUAACGCCGCGGCCCAGGGGGACGGGCGGAAGGUGCGGCUGCUGCUGGAAGCCGGGGUGAACCCCAAUACUGUUAAUGCCUUCGGCAGGACCCCGAUUCAGGUCAUGAUGAUGGGAAACACCCAGGUGGCGGAGCUGCUGCUGCAGAGAGGAGCGGAUCCCAACCGGCCGGACCCGCUCACCGGCUCCCUCCCAGUGCACGAUGCGGCGCGAGAAGGUUUCCUGGACACCCUUGUGGCGCUGCACCGAGGCGGGGCUCGCUUGGAUCUGCGGGACACAUGGGGCCGCCUCCCCAUUGACCUAGCUGUAGAGAACCGGCAUCAGCAAGUGGUCAGCUACCUCCGAGCCCAGCCGGCAAGGGGUGCCGCUCCGCCCCAGGCAUAGGGCAUGGGCGUGUGGCCAGCUCUCUGCGGGGCUAACAGCGCUGCCCAGCUCAGCCACAGGGGCCUGAUUACAUGCUUGCCCCGCUGAAGUCAAUGGAAAUUUUGCUGUUAACUUCAGUGGAGCCAGGAUUUCACCCCAGGUUUUUCUACGGCAUCCGGUGACCCAUCCGCCAGGCAGCUGCAGCCUUGUAGUUCUCUCGCGGAGACCGCGCUGGCUGGGAUGGAAGGUUCACAGGCUGUGGUUGAAAACAGCUGCUCUCCUUGGUUCCAGGCAAACUGUAUAGCGUGUAGAGAAAGAAAACCCAUUUCUGGACCAACAGCUUGAUAGUCAACUUGGGUACAAUCAGAUUCCUUUUAUAGUGAGCAGGCAAAUAGAUUAUUCUUCCAGUUACAGUGAAGUUGCUCCAAGAGAAGAUUUCACUAUGAAAGGGUUGGUAAGGUUGCACUGUAUGUACGAAGAAAAGGAGGACUUGUG